AUUCUGCAUUUAGUUUUAGGGUGCUGGCCGGAGUCCUCUAUAGCCACAAAAGAAGAAACUCCUUAUUACUCCUUAGUUUCAGAACCUGACCAACAUGCACUACCACCUAUCACUUUUGGCCUAUUACAUAUUCUUCAAUUUCUCUAAAGUUUUAUGGUUUCUUAUUGUUCUUGGGUACGCUUUGUUUUGCCUCUUCGCGAUGUGGGAUAUCCGAGAAUUGGGAGCUUUGGUUUACAAUAGUCGAGGAAGAAAUUCUGUGGAGAUGGAACUUGAGGCUCAUUGCGAUGCAAAUGUGUCUCAUACUUUAAGGUAUCAAUUCUGAGGUCAACACUUGUAUGUUUGGUUUAGAAAUAAACUCUACCAUCAAUUGUGUUUUGGUUACAUGUCUACUAUUGCUUGUUAAUUUUAUUAUCUAAAUAAUGCUUCUUCUACGAA